AAUAAAGUUAAGAUACUGAAGGACCUUGUCUUUUGCUUGUUCACAAAUCUGAUUUUUUUCUCCUUUACAGUUAAAGUGGAAAAAAGCCCCCCAGUGAAAGGUUCCCUUGCUGGAAGAGCUGUUCUUCCUUGUUUCUUCUCAACCUUGCCUACGCUGCCCCCAAGCUACCACAAUACAAGUGAAUUUCUUCGGAUCAAAUGGUCAAAGGUUGAGCAGGAUAAAGGUGGAAAAGAUCUAAGAGAAUCCACAGUUUUGGUGGCCCAGAAUGGAAAUAUCAAGAUAGGACAAGGCUAUAAAGGGAGAGUGUCAGUUCCAAGCCAUCCAGAAGACAUUGGUGAUGCAUCAUUGACUAUGGUGAAAUUGCGGGCAAGUGAUGCUGGAGUUUACCGUUGUGAUGUCAUGUAUGGAAUUGAAGAUACUCAAGACAUCAUCUCACUGGCUGUUGAUGGUGUUGUAUUCCACUACCGUGCAGCCACCAGCAGGUAUACCAUGAAUUUCAAACAGGCUCAAGAGGCUUGUUUGGAAAAUGGUGCUGUUAUAGCAAACCCUGAUCAACUGAAAGCUGCUUAUGAAGAUGGAUUUGAACAGUGUGAUGCUGGCUGGUUGUCUGACCAGACUGUUAGAUACCCCAUCAGACAACCCAGAGUUGGCUGCUAUGGAGACAUGAUGGGAAAGGAAGGAGUCAGAUCCUAUGGAUAUCGUCUUUCCAAUGAAACCUAUGAUGCCUAUUGCUAUGUGGGACACUUAAAUGGUGAUGUCUUCCAUGUAACUGUGCCCAACAAGCUAACCUUUGAAGAAGCUAAAAGGCAGUGUGAAGCACAGGAUGCAGUUCUUGCUUCUGUUGGUGAUCUUCAUGCUGCCUGGAGGAAUGGCUUUGACCAAUGUGACUAUGGCUGGUUGGCUGAUGGCAGCGUGCGCUACCCUGCUUCUGUGGCAAGAAUCCAGUGUGGAGGAGGCUUACUUGGUGUGAGAACCCUGUUUCGCUAUGAGAACCAAACAGGGUUUCCUUACCCAGAUAGUCGAUUUGAUGCCUACUGUUUUAAACCUAAACAGAACGUAUCAGACUCUACAUCUGUCGAACUACAUAUACCUUUGGAAAGUGGAUCAGGCAGUUUAUUAACUGAACUGAAGAUAAUACCAACCAAAGCAGCAAUUCAGCCUUAUGCCACACCUGGAGGAAAACAGGAAGAGAACAUACCUAAAAAACCCAUUCGUUUAUCUACUAUUCUACCUCAGACUGUUAAAGACUAUACCGAUUCAUCAGAAGUGACAGAACUGGAUACAAUGUCCACACCUACGCCAUCUAUCUCAUACCUCCAUGAAGAUGAUUCCUUGAGUUCUGAAAGGCUAACUGAACAGAUAGAGGUAGGACCAAUAAGAACAUCUGUAGAUACUGUAUUUAGAGCUAACUUGACUGAUCCUGUUGAAGCUGAGACUUCUGUAGCUGUAAAAAGGGAAGAAACACAACUUGGCAUCCAUCCCACAAAAGCAUCAAUGGAAGCAAAAACUGACACAAAACUCACAACUGUUGUCAUUCCCAAAGAGCUGCUCACUGAUAAUCAUGAACUUAGUUUAAAAGAAGAUGACAGUGGCGAUAUUAUGACUGAUCAUAGACCAGUGACCUCUAGCAGUACUCCAGAGCCAGAUGUUGUUAAAGUGUCAAAGACUUAUUUGGAUGAAAAAGCUACACCUAUACCAGAUGAGUUGUCCUCAAUAACUUUAUUUGGCAUCAAGAAACCAUCAGCGACGAAGACCCCUGAGACACCAGUUUCUACAGCAACAGAUAAAAUUAAAGUGAUACAUGUGGGUUCUCCAGAAUCAGAUGGGGAUGAAGAGCGUACAGUGACCCUUGCUGAUUCAUAUGAAAGUAAAGAUCAUGCAGGACUUAUUCCCACACAUACAUCUUUAGAUAGAGAGGUGAUCACAGUAUCUAAAGUGCCACCAGUUGAAAGUAGCAUGACAUCUUUUACUCCUGCAUCAGACAUUAUGGAGUUACCAAGAGACAUGUCUACUGUCACAGACACAAGUAAUGUCGUGAACCAGACAGGAGGCUUUACCAAAGAUGAAAGAGAUGAAAUGACAAGGCAUUAUGAUGACACAAUCACAAUGCUUGCACCCACACCAGAAAUGAAAUCCGAGAAGACUGAAGGAAAAAUAGAUCAAAAAUAUGAUGGGACUUAUGAAGGAAGUGCUGGUGAGCAGCAGCCAGACUUAGGAACACCCGGAAAAACAGCUACUGUUUCUCCCUCUGUGAACAUUGAAGGCAUAGCAGGCACACAGUCAGUUACAUUUACAGAUGCAGAAAAAGUAACUACUUCAAUUUCACUGUCAAAGACAGAACCUGGUAUUACCCUCAUUUACAAAACUUCAGAAUAUGGAUAUAUUAAAGAUGUAGCCACUGUUACUAUUCAUACAAGUAUCAAAGGAACAGCAACAGAGGCUACAGCAGUUAUUCAAGAGGAAUUCAGUACUAAAGACCAAGCUAUAGAAAAACUGGCUACUGUCCCAGACACUACAACCAUGCCUUUGUCACCUGAACAUGAUGUCGCUGUUGAAGGAUCUGCAUAUGAUGAGAAAUACACACCUACAGAGGCUUUGGACCCAGAUGUGAAGGCAACAUUCGAAAGUGAAAGUAGAGCACCCUCAAUUCAAUCUAUAGGUCCAACAGAAGUUAUUGCUCCCGUAGCUGAAAAAUCUACUGAUAUGGUAAAAUUAGAUAGCCUUACAACUCUUAGUCCGGAAGGUUCAGGAAUAACAGAAGAUGCCAUAGGAACUGAUGCUGUUUUAUUUUCAGUUACGGCAACAAGCAAACCAACAAUGCUGAGUGGCUUAACUACAUCUACAGUUGCUGCAGUAGACAAAGUCCAGCCUACUUCAGCAUCCAAGCCUUUAAUUACCAAAACCCAACCGCCUUUAAUUGACAGGGAACCAGAUGAGGAUACAAACAUAGACAUGGUAAUAAUUGAUGAAUCUAUUUCUUCCGUUAAAACCACUACUGAUGAUGAUUUUACAGGGAAGAUGGUAGAACCAGAAAUUGAUACAGAAUAUUUUACAUCAUCAAGUGUUACCGCAAUUGCCCAGCCCACAGGACCACCCAAGGAGGUUUUAGAAUCUCAAGAGCCACCGCCUCCUACUUCAAAUGCUGACAUAGGGGUGGAAAGCAGCCCUGAUAUAGAUCUGUUUGUUGUUGAUAUCUCAGGCAAUGAUACAGAUCCAUUGCACAGACUUUGGGAUUUAUUUGGUUACUCAAUUCAUCCAAAUGAAAUAGAUGAACCCCCCAUAGAUACUGAAUCAACUCAUGAUGAACCCUGCACAGCAACCCCUGAUGAAGAGUCAUCAGAAAUCUUAAUUCUGGACCCUUUCUUCGCAGAAAUCUACAAUCUUGUAGAGGAAGAAGAAGAAGAAGAAGACUGUGAAAAUACUACUGAUGUUACAACUCCCCCUGCAUUGCAGUUCAUCAAUGGAAAGCAGCAGGUGACAACUGCACCUAAAGAUACAAAAGCUGAAGAAGCACGGAGUGACCAAAUUGAAAGUUUAUCCCAUUUGAAAAAUGUAACAUUUUCACAAAUCAAUGAAACGAGCAUAGUCCCUGAGAAUGAAUUCUCCAGCACAGUAAUGCAAAAUGAAUCCACAGAAGCUAUAACUAGCCAAUCAAACCCAAUGGCUGAGUCUGCCAUAAUAGAAGUGAUCUUUAGUGGGGAAUCAGAAGUUUCCACUACAGAUAAAUCCCUUGAAAUAACAUCAAUACAUGACCAUUCUUUAUUAGAAGUUACAGAGAAAUUAACACGUGCUGGAAAAGACCAUUAUAAGACCGUAACCAAACAACCUAGUGUCAGUACAGAAUACUCAGGAGAUUUUAGUACUGACUCCAAACUAAAUAGUGAUGUCUUUUCACAUACUGGGAAAACAACAUUAAAUGAGUCAAACAGGUUUUCUGCUACACCUUCAGAUCCAAGUAAGUUUUCUGCUACCACUGCUGUAGCCAUAAGCAUGGAAGAGGCUAUAUCAAAGGAAGCUUCCACUCUACAAAAUGAUUAUAAAUCAUCAGGAAGGCCUGAGAUACUUUCCAUACUAAAACAUUUUGAAACAACCAAAAGUCCUAAUUCAUUGAGUAUUCCAGAAGGCUCUGGAGAUGAGCAAGAAGAUAAUUCUAAAUAUGCAACCAUGGUAAUAAAAACAGCAGAAACAGAAGAGAUUACCAGUUGGGAAACUUCCUCAAAUUUUGGCAAAACCCUUCCUACCACAAGUAGCUCUAGCAUCUCACACCAUCCUGCUUCUUUGUACAAGGAAGCUACCUCUACAACUGAGCAAGGUUCUGUAGAAUCUUCUACUAAAUAUAUUACUGAACUAAUUUUAAAGAACAAAGGUCUGACUUCUAUCAAAACUGCAAUAAAAUUGGAAGGAGAUGAGGAUGACACUGUGAGCACCAUUUCUUCACCUUUGGAAUAUCCAGUUACUGUUGAGACAGAAAAGUUGCUAUUCAGUAAUGAAUUUGUGACCUUUAGUGAUAAGGCCAGAACUGAGAGCCAAGAAUCUAUAACCCUCAGCAAAACCAUAUCAGUGACAGAUACUCCACAACCCAAAACAAAAUAUUUCACUGAGAAGAGAAUGCCUAUAGAAGAAAUAUCUGGAGAUGGAUCCACAGAUGUUUGGAGGAAACUUGGCACAGGCGUGCUUUUUAAGGGGCCCACAAGCAAAGUGGUAAGUACUGUCUCCCCAUUUAUUGAACCUGGUUCUGGAGAAAUGGAUGACAUGAUCCAGGCUACCAUGACUUCAUUUCCAUUGUCUGGACCUGAAAACACUGACACACAAAUAAAAGAAAGAGACAUUUUUAUCACAGAUUCCUCAUCUGUGAAACAUGCAGUAACAGUUGACCCCAGAAUGCCAAUGUUAAGUACUGAAUCACAUAGGUGGGCAAUGGAAACUAUAACUAAAGGUCAAGUAUCAAAGAACAUAACAAAUAGUGAAGGACUAACAGAUAUAACUAAUACAGUUACAUUGUUGCCAUUUAGUGAAAAAUCUAUCCUUGAGUCAAAUGAAGAGGUGACAGUGUAUCCUAUAGCAACAAAACAGAAAAUCGACUUCUUUGAAACAUCAGAUGUGGCAUCAUCUGUGGUGCCUUUGAUGAACAUUACCCAUGAUGUUGAAAACAUAAAUCCAGUAACUGAACUUAUUGAAAGUGAAAGUGCUGUAAUAACUUCCCCCAGUUCUCCUACAAUAUUGACAGAUAGCAUUGUUCUAGAAGAAGGAGACUCUAUAUUGACAAAACAUGAAACUGUAGAACCUGUUCUGUCAGGAAGUACAAGAUACGUUUCUCCAACUACUUUUACAGAGAAAACUUCCCUUAUGGAUGUGGGCUCAGGAGAUGAAGACAGAGAUGAAAGAAUGGUUAAUACUCAAUUUUCAUUGAUGGAACAGGGUUCUGGAGACAUAGACUCUUUUACAGAUCCUUCCAUAAUAACAACAGUUGUAUCCCGAUUACUCGUAGAAAGAGUUGGAACUCAAACAAUAACAAAUGUAAGACAAGAAAGUCAUGUAACAUCUAAGUAUAAUUUGUUUACAGAUGCACCUACAGAAUUAAGCAUACAUAGUGACACUGACAUCACCACAACCAAUACAGGAAUUGUACAGAAAGAUACUAAUGUACACAGAAUGGAAGACGAAGCACCUGUUGAGCUGGAAAUAAAAGAUAUUGCUGUAAGACCUGUCUUGAAAGAUGAAACAAGUUCUGGUGAAGAAGACAUUGCAGAAACAUCAGGAAAAAUGCCACUUUCAUCUAGUGCGGGAACAGAAGAGUCUUACAUAAAGACUACAGAAUCUGGACAGUUAAGAAAUUCAAGUAUUUUCACAUUUGUACCAAACUUAGAAGAUGUGAAAUUUGAUGUCAGUUCUUCUACUGAGUCUGUGCAAACAAUGCUGUCUCCACUUGAUAAAACUCUCAAUAUAGAAUCUAAAAUAUUUCAAAACAACACUGUAAGCAGUUCACCAACUUUGGGGGAGAAAAAAGAGUUGAUGGUACAAAAUGUUUACGCUACUGAGGCACCCUCUCUUAAGCACACUCUCUCAGCACUCACAUCUAAAUCAGUUACCACCACAGUUAUUGAUAAAGUUCACCUGUCCUCAGAACAAAGCUCUGGAGAUAAAUUACUUACAGUUCCAUCCACCAUUGUGCCUGCAAGUUCUGCUAUAUUACAUGGAACUUCAAGUAGAUUAAAUUAUGAUAUUCCUAACUCUAAAACAUCAAGAGUAAAUUCAGAGGAGGAAAUAAAGGCAUUUCACAGUCACCCCAGUGAACCAGAUGACGAUUCUAGCAACAAAAUCCAAUUAUUACAUACUACAGCAGAAACAGUGCCUACAACAAAAGAUACAGUUGUUAUUCUUGCAUCCACCCAAGAAACAAGGUUGAUUGAUACUGAGGCAUCAACUAUAAAGCUGUCCUUUCCUGAAAAGUCUCAAAACCAAGAAGAUUAUUAUCAGAAAGAAGGAAGAAUAACAUCAUCGAUUACAAUAGCUAGGGAUAGAAUUUCCCAGGGGGAGGCCACUCAUAUGAUGAGGCAUAAAGAUACAACUACUGUAUCUGAAUGGAUUAGAGGAACCUCUAAAGGACUUACUACCACACCAGAACCCAAAAUGUUGAGCACAAUAGUUUAUGAAAGUUCUGGAGAAGGAUCUGGCUGGCUGGAUAGCAUGGGAAAGCAUUCUGAUUCACCCACUCAGUUCCCAGAAAGAGAAAUAAUACUUGCAUCUCAUCCCCAUGCUGAAAAUUAUUCCGAGAUUGUGAACCCAGAUGUAGCAAUAGAUGGAUCACAAACUGUGUUACCAUUAGAAGAAAAACAAGAGCUACCAACUUCAGGCAGUGAUCUCUCAGAGACAUCAGUUGAUGAAAUUUCUACAAAUAUCAUGAGAGACUAUGAGGAACUUAUCCCAAUGGUUGAUGACAAAAAGAAUUACUCUGGAGAUGCUUCUAAUUUUAGUGACAUUACCCUAAUUGGACCACACCAUGGAAUAAUAUCAGAUGAAACAACAAUUAUAGAUGCUGAUUUCAUGAAAUCAACACUUGAAGACACAAGUACCCAAACAAUGGUGCUUACUGAGACACACUCAUCAUAUGAUCAUAAUACUGCCACAACUAUUGAUAUGACGAUUCAGAACACAUCACCAGAAUUUGCUUUUACUGAUGAUGAAUUAGGCAGCUUUGGAGAUAGUCGAGGGACACCUGAAACCAAGAAGUUCAUAUUCAGUGAACCAAUAAUAUUUGAACAUACACCAGUGCCAGAUGAUAUGGGUUCAGGAGAUGUUAUAUCUUUUACAACAGGAAGUCCCAUCACACAUGAGUUACCUAAGAUAGCUACUUUGUUUCCAGGCAUAACAUUUCUUGCCAGCUCUACCAUAUCAUCUCCAACCAGCCCCAGAACUGAUAAAAAUGAAAAAAUGUCACAGUUGGAAACUAAAGAUUUUACAUCUAAAACUGCUAUAGAAGACAACUCUGAAUUACAGACAUUGUCAGACAACCAAGCAAUAGCUGAUGAAAGUGAAAUUGUUUCUACUUCUGGCCUUUCAGAAAAGGAACAAAUAGAGUUGGAUGAAAAGAAAGACAUCACACCUUUCUCUGUACCACCAUACUUACUUACUAAGACUGUACAAACUUUGACAACAAACUCUGAAGAAGCAAGCAUUGUUUCCAUACAAUUGGUUUCCCAAAGUGCCAUAGUGACUGAAAAAACAAAUAAUGAUGAAAUAAAAACUGCAUCCACAGAAUCCAUCAAAAAAGAUUCAGAAAAAUUUCUUCAUGUAACUGAAACACCAAAAUCUCCUGUAACGGUCCAUUUGCUAAAUGGAGCUAACAAGUAUCCUGAAGAAAUCACGUUAAGUACUGCAUCAUCAGUAGAUUCUGCAAAACAUAAUUUGUCAUUGACUCAAUCCUUCAGAGAAGCCAGUGCUGAUAUCACAGCAACUUAUAAACCUCCCCCUAAAGAAUCAUCUGAUGGCAUUCAGUUUCCAUUAACGUCUUCUCCCAAAGUGGAAUCAGAAGGUACAAUCACUGAAAGUACAGCUGUUUCUAGUAGACAGGUAACUCAAAGCAGAGGAAAAGCAGGAAGGUCUUCAUCAGAACUGUUUGCCUGGAAAGAAGUAACUGUUUCCGGAGAGUACCUUUCAAAAGAAUCUAAACCAACAGCCUUUACACAGUUAAAUACUAAAGUGUUAAUAGACAGUUCAGAAGAAGACACUUCUGAAAGUGUGAAGAAAUUAAAUCAAUUAGAUGAAAACAGUGCUGCGGGAGCCUUGCCAUGGUUAUACACGACAUCUUCAGUUCCACAUGAAAGUAAAACAGGUGAAGUGUUUGAUGCUGAUGAGGAAGCCAGUGCUCAGCCGAUUUUACCUUCACCCCCUGUAGACACUCAGACUGAUUUGGAUGUGCAGAAAGAGCCUACAGCAUUUUCUUUUUAUACUGCAACCAAAAGCCCACAUCCUGAAAGCAUUCCUGAGUAUAACAAGCAGACAAGAAACACCAAGGAGUUAAACACCAAUGAACUUGUAACACCACCAUUUUUACUUCUGGAUGUUACUAAUGGAUCAGAUUUCCUGAUUGGCACAGGUGGGGGUUCAGUUGAAGGCACAGCAGUUCACAUACCAGGACAAGAUCCAUGCAAAAGUAAUCCCUGUCUACAUGGUGGUACUUGCUAUCCACGGAACUCUUUCUACAUUUGCACAUGUAUGCCAGGCUACAGUGGUGACCGGUGUGAAAUAGAUGUUGAUGAAUGUCAGUCAAGUCCUUGCAGAAAUGGAGCUACAUGCAUUGAUGGGGUCAAUACAUUUACUUGCCUUUGUCUUCCAAGUUACGUUGGCGGUCUCUGUGAAAAAGACACUGAAACCUGUGAUUAUGGCUGGCAUAAGUUCCAAGGGCAAUGCUACAAAUAUUUUGCUCAUCGUCGAACGUGGGAUGCAGCUGAAAGAGAAUGCCGUCUCCAGGGAGCCCAUCUGACCAGCAUCCUGUCUCAUGAAGAACAGCUCUUUGUGAAUCGUAUUGGGCAUGACUAUCAAUGGAUUGGCUUAAAUGAUAAGAUGUAUGAGAAUGACUUCCGUUGGACCGACGGCAGCAUAUUGCAAUAUGAAAACUGGAGACCAAACCAGCCCGACAGUUUCUUUUCCUCCGGAGAGGAUUGUGUUGUUAUAAUUUGGCAUGAGAACGGUCAGUGGAAUGACGUGCCAUGCAAUUAUCAUCUCACAUACACCUGCAAGAAAGGAACAGUUGCUUGUGGCCAGCCUCCAGUUGUAGAAAAUGCAAAGACUUUUGGGAAAAUGAAGCCUCGUUAUGAAAUUAACUCAUUGAUCAGAUAUCACUGUAAAGAUGGUUUCAUCCAGCGUCACGUUCCAACCAUCCGGUGCCAAGGGAAUGGACGAUGGGAUUUGCCUAAAAUUACCUGCAUGACUCCAUCUUCAUUCCAAAGGACUUAUUCUAAGAAAUAUUAUUAUAAACAUUCUUCACCAGGAAAGGGAAAUUCAUUAAACUCAUCAAAACACUUUCAUCGUUGGAUCAGGACAUGGCAGGAUUCAAGGCGUUGAAGACACUCUGGUCAAAUUAGGACAAUUGCCGGACCAGCCAAAGUCCUAAGUUACUGUGCCUUUCUUUUUCAGUUAUACAAGUAUUAUUGAGAAUUUGUGGAAACUUAAGGACCGCAGUACUCACAACACAUAUCAGCAAUUGCUACAUAUGCCAAUUUGAAAAGGGAUCCAUUUCCAGCCUAUGCAGUAUAUUAAUCAUUAAGGGACCAUUUGAUGAUCUAAACCAGCAUCUUGCAAUAAUUAGAACUGUUCCAUUUUAGCACCGAUGAUAAUGUAAAUAAGAUGAUUUAAUGGUGUUUAAAUGUGUCUUGUGUUCAAAAACCUGUAUAUACAAUGAAAUGUCACACUAAGUUCAGACUUAUUUAUGGCUAUCUGGCCUCAGAGGUCUUUAAUCAUUUUUUUUGUUUAUCUUGAGGUACUUCACCAUGCUGGAAAUAGUUUUAGAUUGUUGUCUGAUUUUUUAAAAAAUGGAAGGAAAAAAGCUGUUGCAAAUAGAAGAUGGACAGUGGAAGCAGCACCUUGCUUUAGGGAACAUGGAUGGUGCAGUCUCUACAAGAGGUACCACAUAAAACUACAUGAUGCACAUGAUGUGAACCUUUCCUAAGGAGCACAAGUGGGAUCACACCUGACCUGGGGACUGCAACUUGACCUUUCCAGCUAUGGCAUCGACCAAAAGGGACUUGCCUUGAGGAUUUUUUUUUUGACAAGGAGGGCCUGUAGGAAUACAAAGUGCUAAUACAAUAAAUUUCAACCAGGGCCACUUUUUAAAAAAUGUUUUACAACACUAACCAUAGGUCUAAGUUACAGCUCUCUGCAUUUUUAAGAUGGAGAUAGAUAGACCUACCUUUUUUGUAAAAAAUAAAAAGUAAAAAGUAAAUAAUUUUGUAUAUAUAAAUAUAUAUAACCAUUUUUAAUCCUUUUUAUAAAGUAAUGAAUGUUUGCGUAUGAAUGCUGCAGCUGUGAAGCGUACAUAAAUAAAUGAAGUAAGCCAUACUGAGAUAAUUUAUUGGAUGUUCUUUCUGUCUUAAAAUAGCUUAGUAACUCAUUGUUAGCUACCAAACUCAACUAAUGUGUUUGAAAGAGCUAGACUUGGUUUCAAAUGUUUUGACAUGAGAAGGAAAUGCUAAUAAAUGGGAUUAUUUGUCUGAGAUAACAUGAAUGAGAGCUGUGUGAGCAACAUCUUUGUUAAUAAUAUUUAUGUGUCCAUAGAAAUAUUAUAGAAUUUUCUUCAAAGAAGACAUCUAGGGUGGAGAUAGAUGUACCCCAGUCGGUAAUCUGCUCUGGCUAGCUGCACUCUAGCUGCCUUUCUAAGAACACUGUCCCGGGAGGAGGCACCACUAAAUAGAAUGAGGGCCAAGCUACAAGUGACGGAUGACACUUGAACGGCAAGUGGAUUGCGUGGAGGGCAAGUGAACAGGGAGAAAUACACUUGCCGUUCAAGUGUCAUUUGUCACUUGUAGCUUGGCCCUCAGACUUGCCACCAAGAUAGAUGUGAUGGCAUCCACAGGGCUAGCCUGAGGAUGCUGGCACCUUUUUAAACCUUAAUUUUUUAAGGUUUUAAAAUGCCACAAGGGCCCAAUCCUGAUCAGCCUGUAGCGUGGAAGGAUGAGGCACUUUUGCUCUCCCCGCCACCAUGCCUUGUCAAAUGCCAAAAUGGUUGCAUGCACCCCACAUGGGAAAAGGUUCAGGGAAACAAGAGUGUCUCAUCCCAUCAUGCUGCUAGCUGAUCAAGAUCGGGCCCUUGUGGUAUUUUAAAUAAUCUCAUUAGGCUUUAAAAUGGCAUUGGCACCCAGAGGUCAGCUCCAUAGAUGCCAUCAGGUUUGGUUUGGUCUUAGUUCUGGGCAGACCUGCUUAGGGUUGCUCCCUAGGUGCAAGAAGUGGUAUUUUAAAAUAAUAUUCUUCCUAUUGCAAUGUAAUUGUUCAUUUUCAACUUAAGAAAAGAUAAGAAUUUUUUUUAAUGUUCUGUACUUCUAAUUUUCUGGUAGCACAUUUUAAAGGAAAAUAACAUCCAUCAAUAAGGGCUGUCAAGGAAGUCAUUCUUCAUAAACUACAGCUGAUACUUUUUUAAAAAAUGUGUAAAGUAGCCACAGUGUAAAAGUAACGCAGGCAUACUCUCACAUGUCACAAAAUGGCCAUUUAUCUGAGUGACAAAACAAUUCCACACAAUCAUUUUUACUUCAUUUGAAUGCAGAUUGUGUGAACUGGUAUUUAUGGUCAGGGCUGACUCUGGUUUUAGUAGAUGAACAUCUCUCACCACACAUAGCUACAUUCCAAUGAAUUAUUCAAAUGAAAGCAAACAUGUCAUUAUGACCUGAAGCCAAUUUUGUAAUGUGCAAAUUUAUGAUGGAUUCAUAAAAUUAGUUUUCCAAGUGCACACAAUUCCCUGUAGACACAAAAAGGAGGAGUUUUCAACAAGCUGGAUCAAGUAAAAUGCCUGGAGCUAUAAUUUGCUUCAAGGCCACAAGGCAAAAGUAUAUCUUGCCAGAAAUCAGAGUCUAAAUGGACAUUUCAAAAGCCCGCUGUGUGAUGAUGAUUGCAGAGACACUUACCAGGCAUUGGGAGAACUUGGGUUAACUUCCCAGAUUCUUAAAACAACAUGGUAUUCAGUAGUAGUUGGUGAUUAAGUUUGCUGUGUUAAAAUAUAGAAUGAGCAUAACUAACCAGUCCAUUUUGCUGUAUAUUUUUCUGCAUGUUUAUUAACUUCACCCUUCCAAAACAUUAGAUCAAAAGGAUCCUAGAUUGAGCCUAGGUGGGACCAGUUUUGUGAAAUGUGAAACUACUCUAAAAAAAAUCAGGCAAUUCCUGAUCAUUUUUUUUUUUUUUUGCUUUCCAUGGUCUCUCUUGUUAAGCUGCCACUGUUUGGAUCUGUACGUCCCCCUCUUUUCUAAUACUAGAGACGCUUUUUCACUAUUUAUAUUCUCUUUUGUAUAGAGUGUAAUGUGAAUGUUUGUUCUUGUGGAAGAAAGUCUAGAAACUUUGUGAACAUUUUAUAUAUUGGCUCACCAAAGAAACCUUGUUUUGCUCUACUGUGACUUGUCCUGUUUAUUGCAUGUCUUUGAACUCAGUCUGUGUAAUGUCACUUCUAGUGAUGAGGUAAGUAAGAUUACUGAGAACAGCAAAUACGGGGAAAUACAAACACUAAUUUUUUUAUGUUUCUAGUCUUUCUAGCUGGUUAACCAGGGUCAAAUUUUGAUUGACUUUUGAUGGGAAAUGGAUUAGACCGUAGUCAAUAAGAGAUGUUUUAUACAAUCUGUUUUUAUAAUAUACCGUAUAAUAAAGCUUUGUAAACUUUGAGAUUAUUCCCAAUAAACAGUAUAUAGA